GUCUCAAUAGCGGGGAGACGAGUCAGCUCGGAUCUUUGCCGGAAAAUUUGUAAUAAAUACAAGACAGUUUUCACAAAGUAAACAAAUAGUUGGACGGCAACAACAUUGAUUGUGCACGCCUACUGGUAGACCAAAGCAUACGAAUCAAGCUGUGGGCAUGAGUGCAAGUGUGGACAAGUGUGGACGAUUUAUGAAGAUGCGAUCCCUUCGAUUAUUCCAUGGCUCGUGGGGCAGAAUGGUUUGGACGGGCAUGGUUGUGAUUUGCCUGAUAUUUCUGAUGAUCGUCUGUUUGAAACAUUAUAAUUGGACUCAAUCACAACAUUUGACUAGUCAUAUGGGAUUCAGAACCAUCUUUAAUACCUCUGUACUAAAACGAGUUUGGAAGGCAUCGAAAGAUCCUGACUCAUUUCCGGUGCCAGUGUCGACACAUCCCUCUGAAUCUGCUAAGUUUGACGAUGAAAUUUGGCGCCCAAAAGAAAAUAUGCCGAUUAUACACAAAGAUGCGAAAAUAUUGAUCAACCCCAUUAAGCUCUGCUCUCCCAUCAACUCUCAGGAUGUGUUUCUAUUGGUGUUAAUACUUUCGUCUACGGAUCAUGUUAAACAAAGGGAUAAUAUUCGGCAGACUUAUGGAAGUGUGACGUCUUAUAAGAGCCGGCCAAUACGUCACGUAUUUCUGUUGGCAGAACCCAAAGACGAAAACCAGCAAUCAAGGAUCAAAGCAGAGAGCAUUUUGCACGGAGAUAUUGUUCAGUUUGAUUUCAUGGACACCUACAGAAACCUAUCCAUGAAAUCUAGCUCUGGUUUAGCCUGGGCGAAACGAUUCUGCCCACGCGCCAAAUUCAUCCUGAAAACCGAUGAUGAUUAUAUGGUGCUUCCGGGAAGAAUGGUAGAUUACUUUGAUCAUAUUUCAUCAGAAGAAGAAAGGGUGCUUUACAGUGGUUACGUUGUGAACACGUCUCCGCCUAUUCGAGCAAAAUCGAGUAAAUACUAUGCCUCCUGGAUCGAGUACCCCUACCGACAUUAUCCGCCUUAUGUCACAGGGGCGGGCAUCAUGAUGUCAAACAAUGUCCUAAAUCUUUUUCGUGAUGCAUCAAGAAAAGUUCCAAGGACUCCCUCUGAAGAUGUAUAUCUCGGUCUACUGGCUAAGAUGUCGAAUAUUACGCCAAAAGAAAACUUUGAGCGUAUAAAACCAGAUAUACCUAACAAACCUAGCAACUUGCCAGAAAAAGUACUUGUUUUCAAAGCUCCACUCUUUGAAAUUACCAAGAAAAUCUGGUCCAAGUAUAAAAGUGCAUGAACAGAAUGGCAUGAGGUGUGUUUUCAAAGGAGCAUUGGCCAUGUUUCCAUCAUAAUCUAUAAGCGAGAACACCGUUUCGUGUGCACAUUCUUUUGAGAGUCUGGGCUCAUGUAUUGUACCACUGUUGGUGAAUAUAUAUCGGUUGAGUAUUAAUCUGGGUUCGUAGCGCAAAAAGACUAAUAUAACUGUGUUGAGUGGUUG